GGACUGCUUUGAUUCAUGCUGCUGUGGAGCCUUCUUUUGGGGUUUGGAGAACAAUUAAUGCGGGCGGAACAGGGCGCAUGAAGGAUGAGAAGAUGAAUGUGGAGGCUCUAAGCAGAGGAGAGCUGCUGACUCUCCUCAGUGUCCUGGAAGGAGAGCUGGAGGCCCAGGAUGUGGUCAUACAUGCCCUCAGGGCUCAGCACAGAGAUGCUUUCGUCCAGGAGCGUUAUGGCCAGUAUGACCUCAGCGACCCCUUCCUGGCUCUGCAGCGGGACAGCGAGUCCUCAGAGCGCCAGAACACGCUCACCCAGUCCUGCACACACCUGCAGGGCCGGGCAGUGGGACCGAACCCUCUGGCCGUGCUUAAACUGGUCAUGGCUCACUGCAAGAAGAUGCAGGAGAGGAUGAUGGGUCAGCUUGCUGCUGCUGAGAGCAGACACAGGAGGAUGAUAACUGAUCUGGAGGAGGAGAAACGGCUGCGUGCUCAGGAGUCUGCGCAGAGUGAUGAUUUCACCUUCACGCUGCAGACAGAAAGGGAAAAACUGCUGCAACAGUUGGAAGUGGAGCGUGCAACAGUGCGGAAGUUAGAAAAGGAACAAGCACAGGCAGUGAGCCAGGUGGAGGAGUCACUGUCCCAGCAGGAACAGCUCUCAUCAAACCUGACUCUGGAGCUCCAGAAAGCCAGCAGCCAGGCCCAGGAGGAGGCUCAGAAGGUCUCACAACUUCGCACUUUGCUCCAAGAGGAGACCAGCGCCCUGGAGAAGCUCCGGGGGGUUCUUGAAGAUGAGAAGAGCAAGGCGGCACAUCUAGAGGUGAGGUCUGAAAGGCAGCUGGCAGAGUUUGACACAGAAAGAGAGCAGUUGAAAGCCAGGCUCAGCAAAGAGGAGGAGAGGAGUAGGGAGCUGGAGGGGCACCUGGAGGAGCUGAGGAAGAGGUUGGUUGAAACUGGAGGGAGUAAAGAAGAGGUAAAGGAGGCUGUGACAGAGGGGAAAGAAUCACUUUGCAUGGCGGGGUCCACCUCUGUUCAGACUGAGCCAGAUGGAAAGAUAACUGUCAACCCUAAAACCUCCUCACUGCCAAAGUCCAAUGGCCAUCACACUAAUAAAGAGUCAGAACCAACACAGGAGGGCAGAGGACCAGAAAAUGGAGGGUUAGUAGAGAAUGGGGGAGGAGCCCCUUUGCACUCCCCUCUUCACCCUCAUCCGCACCCUCACUCUCCCUCCAGCACGGCCUCCUCUUCCCUCUCCUCUUCCCCCAUUUCCUCGCCCGUUCUCGCCAAGCGUCUGGGCAGCCCAGGCUUCCAUCAGUCGUCCUACCAGGCUGGUGUCAACCAGCGAUUCCACGCCGCCAGGCACAAGUUCCAGAGCCAGGCUGAGCUGGAGCAGCAGCAGCACGGUGCCCCUCUUUCCCCCAGGGACCUCUCCCCCACCACCUCCUCCAUCCCUCCUCCACUAGAGCACGGCUCAGCUAAGCAGCUGGCCCGCCACACUGUCACUCAGGUGCUGUCCCGCUUCACCAGCCAACAGGCCGGCGUCAAGUUGGCACCAAUCAGCAGCUCUCCGUUUGGCACAGACUACCGCAACAUAGCAGCAACUCCUCCUGGGGGGAGGUCGCCUUCCUCAGGGCCUCUAUCUCCGGGCUUCCGCUCCCCACUCACUCCGCGCUCAGAGAAGACCCAUCCUCCUCCGAUCCCUCCCAAGAAGCCCGGCAUGAGUCCGACUCCAGGCUCCCCAAGUCACUCUGCUCGGACCAGCCUCUUCCCAGAGCUGACAGGGAACUGUGGACAAAGCAACAGUGGGCAGGAAGGAGCCAAGGAGCCAGACCUGGUUUUAUCUUCCAGCAGCUAACGGCCAGGUUAUACAAACCAAUUCCGAAAUAUGUCGGGCCUUAAUCAACAGUUACUGUAAUAUUCAUCUUUGCAAGCUCUUAAACCCAAUUGAAAGCCUUCGUAUGAGUAUGACACUUCAAAGCUGGACUUGUUCAAACAAAUGCAUUUAAGAGUUUGUCACCUCUAUACCACAACCUGAGAAACAAUGAGGAAAGAAGUAUUUAAAAUAAAAUAUAGUAUAUCAUGAUUUUUUUUAAUCAGAUUUAAAAUAUUUCUAUUCACAUUCCUGUCUCUGUUUUAUAUAGAUUUUUUUAUAAGUUUGAAGUUUUAGAAUGAAAAUGUUUCUCUGAUAUUUUACACUUUACUCUUUAUUAAGGGUGUUUAGAAAUCAUAUAUAUAAAAACAACAAGCUAAAGACCUGCUUGGUUUUGAAGAAAGACAUUUUUACAAGAUGUAAUAGUACAACACUCCUUUUCAUUUUUCCUUAAUGCUAAAAUGUAAUCACGUUAGAACCAAAAAGAAUACUGUAGUCAGAAGCAACACUGUAUAGCAAGUAGAAGGGCUGAAAUAAAUGGAUGUAGAGUAUAGCAAUUGUGUAGCUAUCACCAUUUUUACAAUAAGCUAGUGAGUAGUUUUGAAAUGUUUUUCCAAUCAAUCCGUAUUCAGUUCCUGUUGAGAUGGUCUAUGAAAACAUUAUUAUACUGUAAAUAGUUUAAACAAUUCCCAGUUGAUUCUCUGUGAAUGAACAUCCCAUGCAUGUGCUGUUUUUUUUCUUUUAUACUUGUCACAAAUACACUGAAUCUUGUCUCUAAAUGGGGGGCACACUUUGUACAACAUUACUGUAAGAUACUCUAUGUCAACAAUUUAUAUUAUUUUUAUUCAGGGAAGUUUAACUUCUGCCUUACCCAAACCAAGAAGGACUAUGUCACGAUUAUGUGACAACUCUUUGGGGAUAUUCCAUCAAUGGACAUAAUGGGGACAAAAGGUUUGAAUCUUGCUACUGUAACAGUUUUUAAAGUAUCUGUCAAAUAAUUUACAUAGUGUUGUGUCUUGACCUAACAAUGCUACACGUUUGUUGAAGGUUUACUGUGCUUUCUUUGUCUUUAAAAUCAAGAAUUGAUGGAAACUAAUUGUUUUAGCAAAUCAAUUGAAAUCAGUAGAUUUGAUACACUGUCUGUGAGGGGCAACGUCCAUCAGUCUCAUGUAAUAAAUAUGCAUAUCAUUAACACCUGCAAUAUCUAGUGCUGUUUUAUUAUUUUAUUUGAAGGCUGGUAAUUUAUAUAAAUUCAAUAUUAUUAUUGUUAUAUUCCUUUAUUGAUCCCCAUGGGGGAAAUUCGGGUGUUGCAUCAGCUCAAUAGUCAAUAAAAACAGUCACAGGGACAAAGGGUAUUCAUGUAUGAAUAGGCUAUAACCAUAAACAAAUAAAGUCCUAUA